GUCCUCAGAGCUCCCGCUGCUCACUCCCGGGAGGAGCUCCCGGCCUGCCGCCAGGCUGCCCAGCCUGGAGUUUCCAGCCCAGCCAAGAGCAACAAACCCUGAGCACUCCCCGGUCUGGCGGGGGCCCUGGAGGUGGGAGACGGGACCUCUCCAGGGUGAGGGGCCCAGGCUGCCCCUUGGGGGGGCCUAUGUGACCCGACGGCUGAGUGCAGCCCGGGUCUGGCCUUGGCCCCAGCCCUCCCAGGAGCCAGCCCUCCACUCCAUGGGGUUGUCCCUGCCCAGGGAGAAAGGGCUGAUUCUCUGCCUGUGGAGAAAGUUCUGGAGAUGGUUCCAGAAACCAGAGUCAUGGACUCAGAGCCGAGAUGAACAGAACCUACUGCAGCAGAAGAGGAUCUGGGAGUCUCCACUCCUGCUGGCUGCCAAGGAGAACGAUGUGCAAGCACUUCACAAGCUGCUCAAGUAUGACACCUGCCAGGUACAUCAGAGAGGUGCCAUGGGGGAGACAGCUCUGCAUAUCGCAGCCCUUUAUGACAACCUGGAGACAGCCAUGGUACUCAUGGAGGUGGCCCCGGAGCUGGUGUUUGAGCCCAUGAUGUCCGAGCUGUAUGAGGGUCAGACUGCCCUGCACAUAGCCAUCGUGAACCAGAACGUGAACCUGGUGCGGGCCCUGCUCACCCGCGGGGCCAGCGUCUCUGCCAGGGCCACGGGCACCGCCUUCCGCCGCAGCCCCCAGAACCUCAUCUACUUCGGGGAGCACCCCUUGUCCUUUGCGGCCUGCGUGGGCAACGAGGAGAUCGUGAGGCUGCUCAUCGAGCACGGAGCUGACAUCCGGGCCCAGGACUCUCUGGGGAACACUGUGCUGCACAUCCUCAUCCUCCAGCCCAAUAAGACUUUCGCCUGCCAGAUGUACAACCUGCUGCUGAGCUACGAUGGGCUGGGGGACAGCCUGCGCUCCCUGGACCAGGUGCCCAACCUCCAGGGCCUGACCCCCUUCAAGCUGGCCGGCGUGGAGGGCAACACGGUGAUGUUCCAGCACAUGAUGCAGAAGAGGAAGCACAUCCAGUGGACCUACGGGCCGCUGACCUCCACCCUCUACGACCUCACCGAGAUUGACUCCUCUGGGGACGGGCACGAGCAGUCCUUGCUAGAGCUGAUUGUCACCACCAAGAAGCGAGAGGCCCGCCAGAUCCUGGACCAGACGCCUGUGAAGGAGCUUGUGACCCUCAAGUGGAAGCAGUACGGGCGGCCCUAUUUCUGCCUGCUGGGUGCCAUCUACCUGUUCUACAUUGUCUGCUUCACCAUGUGCUGUGUCUACCGGCCACUGAAACCCAGGACCAGCAACCACACCGGACCCCGGGACAAUACCUUGUUACAGCAGAAGCUGCUCCAGGAAGCCUACGUGACCCCCCAGGAUGAUCUGAGGCUGGUGGGAGAGCUGAUGUCAGUGGUGGGAGCCUUGAUCAUCCUGUUUGUGGAGAUUCCAGAUAUCUUCAGGGUGGGCGUCUCUCGCUUUUUUGGACACACCAUCCUCGGGGGCCCAUUCCAUGUCCUCAUCAUCACCUACGCCUGCAUGGUCUUGGUGACCAUGGUGAUGCGUCUCACCAACACUGAUGGGGAGGUGGUACCCAUGUCCUUCGCCCUGGUGCUGGGCUGGUGCAACGUCAUGUACUUUGCCCGAGGAUUCCAGAUGCUGGGCCCCUUCACCAUCAUGAUCCAGAAGAUGAUUUUUGGUGACUUGAUGCGAUUCUGCUGGCUGAUGGCUGUGGUUAUCCUGGGCUUUGCCUCAGCGUUCUAUAUCAUCUUCCAGACGGAGGACCCCGACGAGCUGGGCCACUUCUAUGACUACCCCAUGGCCCUGUUCAGCACCUUUGAGCUCUUCCUCACCAUCAUCGACGGCCCUGCCAACUAUGAAGUGGACCUGCCCUUCAUGUACAGCAUCACCUACGCAGCCUUUGCCAUCAUCGCCACACUGCUCAUGCUCAACCUCCUGAUUGCCAUGAUGGGCGACACCCACUGGCGGGUGGCUCACGAGCGGGAUGAGCUCUGGCGGGCUCAGGUGGUGGCCACCACAGUGAUGCUGGAGAGGAAACUGCCACGCUGCCUCUGGCCUCGCUCGGGCAUCUGUGGGCGAGAUUAUGGCCUGGGGGACCGCUGGUUCCUUCGGGUGGAAGACAGGCAGGACCUCAACCGUCAGCGGAUCCAGCGCUAUGCCCAGGCUUUCCACAACCCAGUCUCCGAGGACUUGGACAAAGAUGCCGAGAAGGCACUGCUGGCGCCCGCCCCGGGCACCCACCUGUCCCUGCCCACACCCUCCGUGUCCCGAAGCACCUCACGUAGUAGCACCAACUGGGAAAGGCUCCGGCAAGGGACCUUGAGGAGGGAGCUGUGGGGCGUGGUGAACCGGGCCCACGAGGACUGGGAGGCCUGGGAGUACCAGAUCUGAGGGUCAGGGUCAGCUUCUUCUGGGAGCACCAGGAUGAGCAACCCCCCCCCCCCCAACACCUUCUGUGUGUCCCCACAGGGGUCUGGGGGAAAGGACUCCAAAGAACACACAGCUGGGGGAGCAGGGGUAACUGCAGCCCAGCUCUACUUGGACUGCAAAGCCAGGCACCCCACAGCCCAAGCCCCUCCUAUAGGAAGCGGCCUGCAGGCUCAGGGGCUGACUGGCUCAAUUUCAAGUUCAUGUUCACUGCACUGUCAGAGCAAAGCACUUUACACACUGAGUUUGCCUCCUCCUCUUUGGGCAAUUGGUCCCUGCCCUGUGUCACAGUGGGAAGGGGACACGGCUCUUCCCCAGGGUGCUUAAGAAGGACAGUCGUGGGUGGAGGCUUGUGGAAAGGAGGCAAAUAAAUAGAAGGUGGGGCUGUGCCAUUUUGGGGGUGAGGUGAAGUCGGGCAGGAGGAUGUGUGCCGCCUUUCACCUUCCAAUAAAGUCACUGCCUGCUCUA